GUUCAUGAUACACAAGGUUAGACGAGAUCGUUGACAGACUAUUCUUUUGACCAAAGACGUAUCGAGUAACAUUCGCAGCCACGGCUUACUCGAAUAUGUUGUCUAACCCACUUCAGCGGUUUUCACCGUACCACGCGCUGCCUUCUAACACACUGCUCUCCAAUGCUCAUGUACCUGGAGGUCACCUUCACGGAACCGGUCUGGAUACUUUCGGUCAUGGAUCACAGUACACUCUACAACACCUUCAACAACACGUAGGAGUACACGCACCGCAUCUAGCCCGAGCACCGCAGCCAAAGCAUCGGCAGCAUCCCUAUGGGGGCCCAAGCACAAGAGCUACAGGAGCAGCCGGCCCUAUUAGAAGAAGAAUAAGCAGGGCUUGCGACCAAUGCAACCAGCUCAGGACCAAGUGUGAUGGACAGCACCCUUGCGCUCAUUGCAUAGGUUGGUGAUUACCUAUACGGAUAGAUCCUAGGACUAGAUCAAGGUACUAAUAGAAUUAGAAUUUGGGCUUGGCUGUGAGUAUAUCCGAGAACGAAAGAAGCGAGGCAAGGCCUCCCGCAAGGAUCUCGCCCAACAAGCUGCUGCUCAGGCCGCCGCUGCCGCCGCCGCCCAAAACGGACAGAAAUCUCCAAACCAGAACGA